AUGGAAAAUGGCCUUAUGAAAUGCUUUUUGCAAUUUUUUGUCACAACCUACACGUUUUAUGACCCUCCAUCUGAACAAAUGAACGAAGAUUAUACUUUGGUGAAUGACUUUUUUGAUAUAUUAAAAGUGAUUUCCGAUAAUACGAAGCAUACAAAGCCAUUGAAUUUAACUUCCUUGUUUAAGCAUGCUGCGGCUAUGUUUGUUAAAGAGUUUGAUAACACGUAUGAGGAACCCUCACAAUUUGUUUCACGAUUAAAAUUUCUUCUAUUGAAGCUUCGUGAUUUUAAAGAUAUGAUAUGCGUUGAGAUGCGAAUGCAUAUUGAUCCUUUACUGUGUUCCAUAUGUAAGGGAUGCUUGACUUCGAAUUUUGCAAAACAAAACUUCUUGGAAAUAAUUUUUGAAGACGUUAUAGAAUUUAGGUUUCAGGUUGAAUUUGUCUAUAGUGUACAAGAAAAGUACCGUUUGAAUUUGCAUGCUUGGGAGUCAACUAAGAGUUUCAUUGAAAAAAAGCUACAAUAA